AUGUCCCCAGUCUCUAAGAAGAUUAAAAUAGCAAACAAUAUGGUUAAACAAAUUUGUACUCAUUCUAAUUCAUUCCAUGCCGAUGAAGCAUUGGCUGUUUAUAUGCUAAGAUUAUUGCCAGAAUAUUCUGAUGCCAAAGUAGUUAGAUCCAGAGAUCCAGCCAUGUGGGAAGACAGUGAUAUUGUUGUCGACGUUAGUGGUAAAUAUGAUGGUAUUAAGUUCUUUGACCAUCAUCAAAGAGAGUUUUAUGAAACCUUUAGUGAAAACUACAAGACUAAGUUGUCAAGUGCAGGUUUAGUAUUUAAACAUUUUGGUCGUGAUAUUAUCUCUAGUAUUUUAACCGGUAAUGCUUCAAUGGACUCUAAUAAGUUGGAUAUAUUGUAUGAAAGGGUUUACAAAAACUUCGUUGAAGCCAUUGAUGCUAAUGACAAUGGUAUCAACUGUUACGAUGUGAAAGGCACCGAUAUCGAACCAAAGUUUAUCGAUAAAUCAAUUACUAUCCCAGCCGUCAUCUCUAAUAUGAACCCAGAUUGGAACGACGAUUGUUCUCCUGAAAAGUUUGACGAGAACUUCUUCAUGGCCUCAAAGUUCAUUGGUGACAUCUUCUUCAGAUUGGUCAAGAGAUAUGGUGACUCUUGGUUGCCAGCUAAGGAUUUGGUUGAACAAGCUAUCAAGAACAGAUUGGAAGUUGAUCCAAGUGGUAAAAUCAUCCUAUUCGACCAAUUCUGUCCAUGGAAAGAACAUCUAUACGCUGUUGAAAAGGAAUUGGGCAUUGAAAACCAAAUUCAAUUUGUUCUAUUCCAAGAUUCUGGUAAGACAUGGAGAGUUUCUACCGUCCCAGUAUCUUCUACUUCUUUUGAAUUCAGAAAGGGUCUACCAGAAGAAUUGAGAGGUUUAAGAGAUGAUGAAUUAAGUGAAAAGUCUGGUGUUCCAGGUUGUGUUUUCAUCCAUGCUGCAGGUUUCAUUGGUGGUGCCAAAUCCAAAGACGCUGUAUUGAAAUUGGCUAAAAUGUCAUUAUAA